AUGGGGGCCUCUCGAUGGUGCAGCUCAUCGGUAAGACCUCCUUCCUGUGCGUCUCUAGUGGGAACGCUGUGCCUCCUGUCCUCCGUCAUGCCCACGUCCACCUGCCCUCAGACCUGUCACUGCACGGACAGAAACGGCGUGGUGGUGCAGUGCACCUCCCGCAACCUGGAGAGCAUCCCCCCCAACCUCCCCCCCGACACUGUGGUUCUCCUGCUCUCCUCAAACCGCAUCAAACACGUCACGAAGGAGGCGUUCACAGACCUCCGCCGCCUCCGGGAGCUGGACUUAUCUCAAAACGCCAUCGAGAGCGUGGAGGCCGGCGCCUUCCAGGGGAUUUCAGAAGGCCUGCGGAACCUGGAUCUUUCAAACAACCAGCUCAGCAGCCUCCCGAAGGACACGUUCGCCAAGCUCCACGCCCGAAUCCGCCUCUCCCACAACCCCUGGCACUGCGAGUGCUCCCUGCAGGAGGUGCUGAGGGAGCUGAGGCUCGACCCGGAGACCAUCAACGAGGUCAUCUGCUUCACGUCGGUGCAGGAGGAGUACGUGGGACAACCGGUGAUCCAGGUCCUGGACUCGGGCAUCAACUUUUGCAACUUCCACCACAAGACGACCGAUGUGGCCAUGUUUGUGGCCAUGUUCUGCUGGUUCUCCAUGGUGACGGCGUACAUCAUCUACUACAUCAGACACAACCAGGAGGACGCCCGGAGGCACAUGGAGUAUUUGAAGUCUCUGCCCAGCACCUCGCACGUCAGCAAGGACUACGACACGGCCAGCAGCGUGCUCUAG